GAACAACGGCAUGCGCUGCUGGUUGCGGCUUAACAUGCUCCUUUAUUCGCUUGAGCCUUAACAACAUCCAGAAAAUUCGGGAAACUUCUUAGAAACUAGCGAUUUCCUCUGCUCUCUGAGAUCACUCAGUCAUCGUAAGUCGCGUGGUUGACCUUUGUGCCUGUUCCUUCCCACAUAGCUGAAAAGUUUUGCCCAACAUGGCCAAGUGGGGCGAAGGCGAUCCACGGUGGAUUGUUGAGGAAAGACCAGACGCUACCAAUGUUAACAACUGGCACUGGUCUGAGAAAAAUGCCAACCGUUGGUCUCAGAGCAAACUGCAGGACUUGCUCAACGGCUUGACUGUUGAGGGAGAAAAGGGCACAGCCAAAAUCAAAGAAGUGAACAAGUGUGAAGGGGAAGCUGUUGUCAACAAUAGAAAGGGGAAACUCAUAUUUUUCUACGACUGGCAGCUGGAAUUAAAAUGGGAAGGCCAAUGUGACAAAGAUUCAAAACUCAAAUGCAAAGGAAAGAUUACUAUCCCAAACCUGAGCGAGGAGAACGGAAUUGAAGAUAUUGAUGUCGAGCCAACUGUGGAGGAAAGCACAGACUUUGCAUACAACAUGAAACAACUUAUGUUCAAUGAGGGCAAAAAGCUCAUACGAGAAAAGAUAACUGAAUACAUCAGUGCCCUGAAAGAAGAAUAUUCAAAAGGUCUGAUCUUACCGAAGAAAGAUGAAAAUGAAGUCAAAGUUGUAAAACCUGCAGCGGCGCCUGUGAAGCUCACUACUCGCAAUCAGCUUGCUGGUGCUGUGAAGAACAUGAACAUAGACACAUCUUCAUUCGAGUCUCGCCAAAGUCUAUUCUGUCCAAUCAAUGAAGCUUACAAAUGCUUCACCGAUCAAAGAAUGCUAGAAGCUUUCACAAGAGGACCUGUGAAGCUUGAGGCAGCUCCCAAGGGUAAAUUUGAACUCUUUGGUGGCAACAUAUUUGGGGAGUUUAUCGAAUUGGAGGAAAACAUUAAAGUGAAGCAAUAUUGGCAAAAUAAGGCUUGGCCAAGUGGAGCUAGAUCAAUUGUAGAGCUGACAUUUGACGAGGAGCCUGAGGGCACCACUAUCAUCCUCAAGCACAGUGGCAUUCCAAGCAGUGAGCUAGAAGCAACGAAGCAGGGAUGGGAUCAAUACUACUGGAACCCCAUCAAGGUCACAUUCGGAUUUGGUUCUUUCCUAACAGACGUUCUGUGAUUUUGCAGGAAUCCAGAAAAAGAAAAGUGAAUUAAUUGAAAUUCAAUUCAUCAAGUAUUUAUUCUCCAGCUGCAUCAUAAUAUGUUUGCUAUGCAGAUUUUGUACAAUUACCAACUUGUAGAAAAGCACAGUUUAUUUGCAUGUGAAAUGUCAUUGUUUCUAAAAGUUGAGAAGGACAACAAAAAAUGUACUUUUGGCAAAAUGGUUACACACACUUGACCUGGAAAUUUUUGUUUCGGUGCAAUUUAAGUCUCAAUGAAAUGUUGGAGUCUUUUUCGAUACUAAUUAAUUGUUUCAAAAGCCGUGUAUUUCUAUUGUCAUUUUGUUCCAUUAUUGAACCAAUAAAUUAAGAGUUUAAGACUAAAAAAUUAAA